AUGUUAGAGACGGCAAUGAACGCUGUACACAUAGUGGGGUGUGGCAAUGAAGUGAAGCCACUCAAGGUAGAAGUUGUGAUUAAUCAGCAGAAAGUGGACAUGGAGAUAGACACUGGGGCAGCGAUAGCUCUGGUGAAUGAAGCUACUUUCAAGGAAGAGAUAUUUCAUCUCCAUAUCAAUGGUAGAACAUCACACGAGGAAGGAAGGCUUCAACAUAAGGAGUUCAUCACCAAAUACCAGGAAGUAUUCAAGGAGAAAAUGGGACUACUGGAGGGAGCAACAGCAUCGAUAGCAGUGAGAGCAGAUACCGCACCUCGGUUUUUCAAGCCUAGACCUGUACCAUAUGCGUACAAAAAGCUAGUCGAACAGGAGUUGAGACGGUUGGAGCGUGACGAAAUUAUAGAAGCCGUUCGAUUCUCUGAUUGGGCUGCUCCAGCUGCUCCUUGUGAGAAAUACCCAUUGCCAAAGAUCAAUGAUAUAUUUGCCUCUUUAGCUGAAGGUCAGUUGUUCACCAAGUUAGAUCUGAGCCAAGCUUAUCAGCAGGUGGCGCUGGAUGAGACGUCGCAGAAGUACGCAGUCAUAAAUACUCACUUGGGGAUGUUCAAGUACAAACGCCUACCUUUUGGGGUGGCCUUGGGUCCAACCAUUUUUCAAAGGGUAAUGGACACUCUCCUUCAGGAUAUUCCCAUGACAGUGGUCUAUUUAGACGAUAUUCUAGUGACAGGACGUUGUCUGGAGGAACACGUGCAGAACCUAGAAAUGGUACUACAACGCCUUGCCAACUCGGGAUUGCGACUAAAGUCGGCUAAAUGCGCGUUUUUGCAGAAAGAAAUCAGUUACUUAGGCCGUACUAUCAACAGUCAGGGGCUAGCACUAGACAAGAAGAAAGUGAUGGCUAUUCAAGCUGCACCUGAACCCAAAAAUGUUACGGAAUUGCGAUCCUUCUUGGGUAUGAUUAAUUACUAUGGCUGGUUUUUACCGAAGCUGGCUUCGAGGCUGGCUCCACUGUAUCACCUUUUGCGCCAGAACGUACGCUGGCUAAGCGACGGUACCGAGCGACCAAUCGCUUUCGCAUCUAGGAGCUUGGCUGAGGCAGAAAGGAGAUAUGCGCAGAUAGAACGCGAAGCACUCGCAUUGCUGUUCGGUGUGAAGAAGUUCCACCAAUACUUGAGUGGAAGAGCAUUUACAAUCCUUACCGAUCACAAGCCGUCGGUCUCGUUGUUAGGAGAGAAUAAGGGCGUGCCGUUGAUGGCAUCAGGUCACAUGCAGCGUUGGGCAAUAAUGUUGUCUGGCUAUCAGUAUAAACUACGUUAUCGACCAGGGACGACAAAUGCCAACUCCGAUGCACUCAGUCGGUUACCUUUGCCUGUUAAACCAGAAGUGACAGAGAAUCCUAGUGAAUCGGUGAUAUCACUGCACAUCUUGAAAAUGACUCCUGCCAGACCGAUACCAACUGUACAACUUCGGCAAUUUACAGACAGAGAUGGACAACUGACAACUGUCAGGCAUUAUGUGUUGAGUGGAUGGCCGAGAGAAGUAAACUCCGAGCUUCGACAUUACUGGAAUCGCCGGCACGAGCUAAGUGUCUUGGGUGGUUGUGUACUGUGGGGGUCACGAGUCAUUAUACCUCAGGAGGCGUGGCUGAGGGUGUUGGAGGAAUUACAUGUGGCUCACCCGGGUGUAUCUAGAAUGAAAAGCCAAGCAAGAAGCUACACUUGGUGGCCGGGAUUAGAUGCUGAUAUAGAAGAUAGCAAAAUCUUGCGGGACAUGCCAAGAACAUCAGCGAUCACCUCCAAAAGCGCCUCUUCACCCUUGGGCACAGCCAGAACGUGCGUGGUCGAGAUUACAUAUCGACUUUGCUGGGCCAUUCUUGGGUCGGUGGUUCGUUAUACUGUCAGAUGCGUACCCUAA